AUGAUGAAUUACCCCAUCCCAGACUGUUUCCAAGGUGAUCCAAGGCCUUUUCCAUUUCCAUUUUAUUUCGAAGAACUUUAUCGAUUUAUUCAUCAAUUUGAACAAUUUGAUCAACAACUUCUUCUUGAUUUAACAUCAGCACAACAAAAACAAAUACAUGAUAAUAAGUUUUAUCUUUUAUUAACACAAAUUCCAUCAUUACUCGUAUCAUUACAUACUCAACAAGGUCAUGAAUUAUUAAUGCCUUAUAUUCUUCAUGGUUUUCGUCAACCAAUAUAUGGUAUUCGUUGUAUUUAUUUUUUAUUUAAUCCUGUAGCAGUUGUUCUUGGUCCCGAUGAAUCUCGAAGACAAUUAUUUACAUUAAUACAAUCAGCAUUAGAUCCAGACAAAACAACUAUUUAUCAUUGGCGUUGUUUUACACGUCGUUUUAUAAUUCAAUUAAUUGCACGUUUUAAUUUAGCAAAAUUUUUACAAUGUUUUCCAAUAUUACUUGUUGAAGCAUGUGCAGGUUUUAAAGAUGAAAUUAAUCUUAAAAUUGAAAUAGAAGAUGAUAAUAAUAAUAAUAAUUCAAGUGAUUCAAAUAUUGAAACAGAUGAUAAUACUAAUGAACGAUCGGAUACAAUUAUACCACAAGAUUAUGAUACAAAUAUUUUUGAAUCAAUUGAAGAACCACAUAGUUCAAAUUUAUUAUCAGAUUCAGCUGUUGAAAGUAUUAUUUAUUUACAAUUAAAAUUAGGUCCUGUACUUGGUUGUAAAUAUUUUGGUCGACAUUUACUUCGUAUGCUUGCAUUAUGUUAUGUUGAUGAUGAACAAUUACAAUUAUUAUCAUCAGAUAAAAAUCCAUUUAAAACUAUUCGUCCUGUACGUGGUGAUUUAAAUGCAAAGAAAAUUAUUGAUUGUCUUUUAUCACUUAUUCAAAAUUAUGGUGAACAAAUUAUUCUUCUUGUCUAUUUUCCACAUCUAACUGAAACGAUUCGAAUAGCAAAUCAUCGAUUAACAAUUCGAAGUGAAUCAGCUUUACUUAGUUGUAUUGUUCUUUUGAAAUGUAUUCUUCCGUAUAUGAGUGAUAGUACAUUAAUGGCUCAGUUAACAGAUCCGAUUAAAAAUCGGACGAUUCAUUCAAGUCUUACUUUACUUUCAUCAAGUUCUGUACAUUUUCCAUCAUUUGAACGAGCUCGUUCAAUAUGUGCUUAUCGUGUACUCGAUAUAUUGUUUUUACUUAGUCUACGUUUGGGUUAUGAAAGUACACGUUUGUAUAUGAAUGAUUCAAUUCGAGCAUUUUUUGCUUGUUUUCAAUCAACACAUGAACCGCUAGAUGAUACACAUCCACGAACAAAUUCAAUUAUUAAUUCUUCAGUAAAUCGUCCGAAUUCUCCAACAUCUUUAUCCAGUCAUAAUACAAAUGCAAGUAGUAUGGAUGGUGAUGAAUAUUGUCGAAUAACUAUUGAUAGUAUAACAAAUUCAUAUAAAAUUGAUUCACCUGCUAAACCACGUAGUCAAAGUAAUAAACAAGCACGAAGUACUAGUCAUAGUUUAUUAACUGCACCAUAUGUGGAAGAUGAUAGUUCAUCAUCAUCAACAACAACAAAUAUUCAUACACGUGAAUCAAUACAACAAGAAAUCGAUGCAACAUUUACUUGUGAAUUAGCAUGUACGGCAUUUGUUCAAUUUUGUCGUUUAUGUGGCGAUCAACAUAUGAAUUCAUUAGUAACAAGAAAUGAUACAAUUUAUGCUUGGAUAGCUGAUUUAACAUCGAAACCAGAUGUUAUGUCUCGAAAUGAUUCAAUAUCGGCAAGUGAUGUUCUUAUAUCAAUUCGUGAUCGUGAUAUUCGAUAUCAAUAUGCAGAUGAAAGUAGAUUUUUACGUAAAAAUUGGCUUUCAUAUUGGGAACAUGAAAUAGGUCGUAGUGAAAAUACAAUAUUAAGUUUUAAACAAAUACAUUUACAAUCAUUUGUUGGUCAUACGAAUGCUGUUCGUAGUUUAUGUGUACUUGAUGAUGAAUCAACAUUUAUUAGUGGUGGUCGAGAUCAAAAAUUAUUAGUUUGGAAAGUUGAAAAUCAAAGUGAUAAUGCAACAAAAGUUGAAAGUCGAUGGUCAUAUACUGGUUAUCGUAAAUCAGUUUUUGCUAUUUCAUUUCUUGAUAGUCUUCGAUUAGCAGCAACAUGUGAUGGUUCUGUUCAUAUCGUAGAUCCAUUUCGUGGUCAAUUUAUUUAUCGUUAUUCACAAUCAAAAGAAACUUCAGCAUUUGCUGCGAUGGCUGCUAUGCCAGCGCCUAGUACAAAUAUUUUAGCUGCAACUAGUGAUGGAACAGUCAGAUUUGUUGAUGUUCGAACGAAAGCUUUUGCUUAUGAAUGGAAAACAACAUUGGGGGCAGGUGGUCAAGUAAAAACACUUGCUAUUAGUCCAAAUGCACAUUCAGCUGUUAUUGGAUUUACAACGGGUACUGUGUCAGUAUUUGAUGUUCGUUCAGGUGGUAUUCUAGGAACAUUGAAAGUACCCGAAGGAGAAGUUUUGAAAGCAAAUUUUUAUAGUCGUAGUCGAUUUUUUACGAGUUCAGGUGAUGGUUCAAUAUAUCUUUGGAAUACAAAAGAAUUAGCACAAGCAACACCAGCAUUAUUAAAAUCACAUACUGAUCCUGCUCCAUUCGUAUUAACAACACGUAAUGGAGAAUUUAUUGUUGCUACACAAACAAAUAAAUUAUGUAUUUAUUCCAAUAUGAAAGGAGUAGCACAGAUGGAUUGUCAAUGUACACGUCUUCAAUCUGAAAAUAUUAAAGGUACACUUUCAUCAAUGGCAUUAUUUCCAGAAAAUCGUCUUUUACUUUUCGGUUCUGACAAUGGAAAUAUUGAAUUACUAUGUUAA